UCCAACUGUAUAUCGAUAAUUGAGGUUUAACAUGGCAACUUCAAUUAUCAUCACCAGUUCUCUUCUUACUUUUUUUGCAAUUCUGGGUCUUCUUGCAACUGCUGCUGUGGCAAGACUAUUACCGCCAGAAAAUUCACCCAACAAGUUCAUGGUGAUCAUAAUGGUCAAUAAUGUUGGGAGAAGUAGCUCAAUAGAAACCAGGGAAAUAACAGGGAAUACUGACUGCGACCACAUCGCACAAUCUACAAUUGAAGGAAAGGUCACUCCUUCGCCGCCAUCUCCAAAGUCAUCACCACCAACUCAACAAGUAACGACCAAUUAUCCAUCUCCAAAGCCAGAAACACCAAUUCCCCGGCUGGAGUAUUUUUCUUCUUGUGCAGAGGGGAGUCCAUGCAAUAGUUUAAUUACUAUGCUUACUAAUUUUGGAAAGAUUACUAAAUCACCACCUUCUCCAAAUCCAGCACCAUCAAAACAUCACGGAACAAUUGAACAACCUAUAAAACAAAGUCCAGAGUUUCAGUUCAAAUCCAUAUUUCCUAAUUUCGGAAAGACCCCAAAAUCACCACCUUCUCCAGAUCCAGCGCCAUCAAAACAUCAAGGAACGAUCGAGCAGCCGAUACAACAAAGGUCAUCACCUCCAGAUUUUCAGUUUAAAUCCAUGUCUACUCAUUUUGGGAAGACCCCAAAAUCACCACCAUCUCCUAACCCAGCACCAUCAAAACAUCAAGGAAUAAUUGAACAUCCAACACAACAAAAAUCACCUCCAGAUUUUCAAAUUGCUUCAUUUUGAGCAGUUAUUGUAAUCCUUAUUAGGUUUUUUAUAAGCAGAUGAUAACAUGACAUGAUUAAUUAGUUUGCUGUAUGUAAAUCAAGAUGUUUGUGACAAUAAUGUUCUACGUAGGAUUGGACUAAUGCAAUCAAUAAAAGAAGAAGAAAUGACAAAAUUUAGGUAAAGCUUUAAUAAGGAAGCUUUAAUAAUUUUUUGAACUUUUGAGAAUGUUAUCCAUUCAAUGUCUAAACAAAGAGAACCAAAAUUGCACUUUAAACACUUUAAAAAUCUCUUAAACGCACAUGAAUUAGAAAAUCAAAACGAUGAAACAUGCAUGAUCAUUUGAUUCUUGAGAGAUUAAAUAUAGAAGUGUCCUGAAAUGAACGAUU